UGUAGCCCUUCAUUUAAUAAUUUCAAAGAGCUGCCGUUUUUCUGCUUAGCUUGAAUCGCAUGGCAAUUAUUCUAACUGAAAACUGAAUCUAAAAUAAUUUCACCAUCCUUCAAAAAAUGUAUCAAAAUAUAUUGCAUUUGAAAACUUUCCCUUUGAGGAUUUCUGAAAUAAAAUGUAUAAUGUCAAAUAUUUCAGUGUAAAAGCUAUUUAUAGAUACUGUUCAUCAUUAAGCUCUCUUUGUCAGACUUCGGUUGCGAUUAAACUAUCAGCAUAUUCUAUUAAAACUGAUGGGUACAGUGAAACAAACGUAACAGAAACAGAUGCAGAGAUGUAAGGAGUAUGUAACAUGAUUGUUAAAUCUUCUGCAGAGCUGUGCUACAGAGACCUUUUGAGGGUCAGGAGCUCAAUGUGACAAAAGGGUGCAAUAAACCAGGUCCUAAAGAACUGGUUUUUCAGGGGGUGAGAAACAGCGAGGAGCAAGCAAACCUGCGAUGAGCCCCCUGAAUUCAACCUCCUUCAUUAAUGCCACUAUUGUUCGUCCUGAGUUCUUUUUCAUAAGUGGUUUUGCCGGUAUUCCCCAUGCAAACUACUACUAUGUCUUCUUGUGCUUUGUUUAUGCUCUGAGUCUACUAGGAAAUGCCUUUGUCAUGUUUGUGAUUUACACUGUCCACCGUCUCCACACUCCAAAAUACAUUGUCGUUUUUAAUUUGGCUGUGUCUGACUUGUGUGGAAGCACCGCACUUGUUCCUCAGAUGAUUGACACCUUGCUGUUUAAAUCACAUUUAAUCUCCUACGGGGCCUGUUUGACUAAUUCGUUUUUUGUUUUUGCUUUUACUGCUAUGCAAUCUUUCACUCUCACAGUUCUGUCCUAUGAUAGAUUUGUUGCUAUAUGCUUACCACUGAGAUAUAAUGAGAUUGUGACUAGUAAAUCAGUGUUGGUGAUCACAGCCAUUAUAUGGAUGUUUUCAGGAUUUGCCACUCUAUUACCUGUGAUAUUUAUCAGCAGAGUAUCAUUCUGCAAAUCCAUUGUGGUAAACAGCUAUUUCUGUGAUCUUGGACCCAUACACCUUUUGGCAUGCGAUGAUGACACUCCAAGAGCUGUGAUGAACUGGACACAUCCUGUUAUAAUUCUAUGGUUUCCGGUACUUUUUAUCACAGGUACAUAUAUUUGUAUAGCCAGAGCGUUAUUUAAAAUUUCAGAAGCCUCUGAGCGCCUCAAAGCCAUGAAGACCUGUAGCUCUCAUUUGAUCUUGGUGAGUGUGUUUUAUCUUCCUAUAUGUAUCACCUAUGCAAUGAGCUCUGCCAUUCAACUGAACGCCUGGAUAGUAAACAUGUCUCUGGCGGCUGUCUUGCCACCAAUGCUGAAUCCAAUCAUUUACUCUCUGAAGACAGAGGAAUUCACAGAAUCCAUUAAAAAGCUGUACAGAAGAAAGAUUAUACACUUUGUUGUAAGGAACAAAUGAAUAAAUGUUUUAAUUACAAAUGACCUACUAGCAAUUUGACGGUGUUCAUUUUAUUGAACUCUCCACUAAACUGUGAACUGUAAGAGCACUUAAAUUGAAUCCAAUAAACUGGAACACAGUGAUCAAUAUAAAUGACAAGCCGUUCAAUAAGUACAGUAAUAAAUAGUGCUUUUGAUUAAACGGGUAAAAUGUAGAAAAACACGUUUGAGGCACUCUCUUUCAAUAGGAGUACAUAAGCCUCAAAUGUUUUAUUUUUCAUUGCGACUCACUUUAUAGAUCGAUUAAAGCAGUUAAUUGCACAAAUAAAUCACCUCACUUGGUUUCUUAGGCCUAAAAGGGUUGCUGUCUUUAAGGUGGAAAAGAAAGCCAGCAGGCACUGCAGACAGAACUGAGGAUCACUGUACUGAGGAGUAAACAUCCUAAGGGAGCUAAGGCAACCUGCAGUGGCAUUCACAGACUCAUUAUAAUUCACAUUAAUAAUGAACCAGCUUUUGCAAUCUAAUCCUAGGCCGUUAG